AUGAGAUACGGAGAGGAUCUGUCGGUAGCCCUCAUUUCUCUCGUCACGUCUGCAGCUCGCGAGGAUCAUGCUGCUUACACACUGCAGCAGCUCUCUCAAGCCAUAUUUCAUGCACGGUUUUUGUACCGGGAACCUCUCACACUACUACUCCCCCUUCUAAUAUCCUGUCCAUACGACGGUGCCGAUAAGCUCAUUCACAUUAUGGGCCAAGAGAGUAGUGCCAAAGAAGUCGUUAUGGUAGUGCAAGAAGUUGCCGAACAUCUUGAAUAUCUUUCUCAAGCAGGUGAACAAGUCGAAGAGGUAGACUGUGGCUUGUCUCCUCUUAAGCAGAUUGACCGCCUCGUUCGACUUUAUGCGCAUUGCGUUCCGCGCUUGCCAAAGCGUAACAAACUCCCGAGUCAAGUCAUGGAGCCGUUGCUGUCUGCUCGUAUCUCUGAUAACACAGUUUGGCGGUUCCGCCGAUGA